AUGAUGGCAAUCCAACAAAAAAGCCAAAGUAGGGGCUGGCGCCACCUUCUGCAACGAGCUUCGAAUAUCCUCAGGCGAAUCACCAAAAGACAGGGCGAGCUGCAAAAGCAGAGGGAAAAGACGCAAAAGAGAGAGGCCGGGAAUGGCUUUCUGCAACCAAAAGACAAUGUAUACCCUCGGCUAGCCAGGGGUACCAAUUUCAUCCAUGAGAACGAGACGCCAUUCCAGGUGAGCAACAACAAAAACAACAGCAUUCCCUUUGAGCUGGAAUUGGAUGAUAUCUAUCUGAAUCUUGCGCGAAACCGAAGGGGGCUGAUAGUCAACCCAGACCUUGCAAACAGUCUCUACGUGGUUCAAAGACGGGCCGAACAGUAUACGGUGAGACCGGCAAUCAGCUCACGGCGCAGCUACUCCUUGAGGGACAGCGCCAGUACGGGUCAUGACCAACAGGACAUUUGCUUGUCAUCUCCGCUUCUGAAUUCAUCCGCCGGAAUGCGUCUCGAGGCUCUGGCGGAUGAACUUUUGCUCUCGCUUGGCGUUCGCCCAUCUCCAGCUGGGUCAGAGCAAGAGAGUCGAGACGGGCUGGCAUCAUCUCAGUCAGAUGUUGCCGAAGAUCUAGAGUCUUGCGCAUAUUUCGAGGGAUUUUCAGACCGAUUCAGCUUCAGCAAGCCGGCCACGAUGAAUUCCAUCAUUUCUUCAUACUCGCCCACCCAGACAGCUCACAGAGGACGCGAGGGCUCGACCAUGGUCGACUUUAGUUUCUUUCCAGAGCUUCGACGGUGGGUGCAAAAGCAUGGAUCGUCAUGGGAUAGGUUGGCAUCCACACAUCCGCCUCGAGCAAAGUGCGAGAUUUGCAAGGCUAGCAACUUGGAAAUUCGCGAAUUGGGGAACAUCAUCAGCAGCAGCACGACCGGCGACGAGACGGAAAAGGCCACAGUUUUGCCAUGCGGUCACAUGUUUGGCAAAGACUGCCUCGCGUCGUGGCGCUCCGCCAACGAGGACGGCUUCUCUUGCCCGACGUGCAGAUCCAGCCUCAUCUUCAGCAGCUGCGGACACACGGUUCCGGGGCUCACUGUAGGCAGGACGGCAGAUGUGCCGCUGACCAGCCCAGAGGGAGGCCGCAUCCCGACGCACUGCAACGACUGUCGCUUGUCCAAAAUACAAAACGGGUGCGUCGAGCUGGCCAGGCUCAUCUACGACGACUUUGAGUAUACUGAAGGCGAGUGUCGGCGAGCCGCUUGGUGCAUGGUACCGCUGGCAGUGGAGGCGGCGCAGCGGGCGACGGUUGAGCGCGUCAUGGGGAGUCGGGGGUGGGGGAACACCGAAGUGCUUGGGAGCGGUUGA